AAUAAUGUUUGCAACAUGUCUGUGCAGUCGCUGCUUUGUGAAAGAAUUGCUGUUGCCAAAGAAUUGAUCAAGAGAGCGGAAGCCCUUUCCAAGUCCCAGAAAAGGAGAAUAGAAGGUGGGGCAAAACUAUGUGGCAAACUGAAGGCUGAGCUAAACUUCUUACACAAGGUGGAGGCAGGGAAGGUGGCCAUUAAAGAAUCCCAUCUGCAGAGUACAAACCUUACCCAUCUCCAAGCCAUUAUUCAAUCAGCAGAGAACCUGGAGGACGUUGUCAGUGUCCUCCAUGUCUUUGCUUACGAGGACAGGUUUGGCGACAAACAGACACUGGUGGUAGAUGUUGUUGCAAACGGAGGUCACACGUGGGUGAAGGCCAUCGGUCGGAAAGCUGAGGCCCUGCAUAACAUCUGGCUGGGGAGAGGCCAGUAUGGUGACAAAAGUGUUAUUGAGCAGGCAGAGGACUUCCUACAAGCGAGCCGUCAGCAGCCAGUGGAGUACAGCAAUCCCCACAUAAUCUUUGCCUUCUACAACAGCGUGUCCAGCCCUAUGGCAGAGAGACUGAAGGAGAUGGGAAUAUCUGUGCGAGGAGACAUUGUUGCCGUGAACUUACUAGCAGAGCCAUCUACAGAAAACCAGCACCUUAGUGCCAGUGAAUCAGAUGAAGAAGGCCCUGAACUCCUGCAGGUGACCAGAGUAGACCGGGAGAAUUUAGUGGCCAGCAUUGCUUUUCCUACCCAGAUCAAAGUAAACGUGUGCAAUAGAGUUAACUUGGACAUCACUACCUUGAUAACCUACGUUUCCGCUCUAAGCUAUGGCGGCUGCUACUUCAUCUUCAAAGAAAAAGUGCUAACAGAGCAAGCGGCUCAAGAAUGGAGGUAAAGAGUCCUGCCUCAGCUGGAAGAGUUCAUGGAGGGCAAAGAGCUCUUUGCCUGUGAAUCUGCUGUCAGAGAUUUUCAGUCCAUCUUGGAAACGCUGGGAGGACCUGGGGAGAAAGAGCGAGCUGCGUUGCUCGUUAAAAGAAUUAAUGUGGUGCCAGAUCAACCAUCAGACCGUGCCUUAGGACUAGUGGCUAGUUCAAAAAUCAACGGCCGUUCUCUUACCAUUUUUGGGACGGGAGACACUUUAAAAGCCAUCACCAUGACUGCAAAUAGUGGUUUUGUGAGGGCAGCGGCUAACCAAGGUGUCAAGUUCAGUGUUUUUGUCCAUCAGCCGCGAGCGUUGACAGAAAGCAAAGAAUCUGUUGCCACGCCUUUACCAAAGAGCUGCCCACCUGAUAAUGGACUGCAAGUCAUUUAA